AUUGUCAGUUAUCUAAACAUAGGUAUGCUUCAAAUUUUAUGCAAAACAAAUUAUCAAACUAACAAUUCGACCUACGAGCAAAAUCAACAGAGCAAAAUAAAACAAAAGCGAAACGUCAAGCUCUGCCGAUGCGAACCCAUUGAAUCAUGGAUUCAAUUCAUGAAUUAUCGGUUAUCGACAGGCAAUCCCAAAAUGGAAGUCACCAAAGACGAAAGUCCAUACUAUCGUGCCUAUCGAUGGAUAUAUCAUUUUUUCUUCACUUUCAUCUACAUAUUUGCAAUGUUCAUGAGCGCUUUCUUUGCCGAAAAUGCUAAGGAGUUAUGGUCAUAGGUGAUGUUUUUAUUGCUAACCGAUACAGCUAUGUUUGUGAAAUGUAUAUUCAUUGUGAAUAAUUUUGAAACGAUUGUCGGACUACACGAACAAACUAUUUCGGACGAUUUUCAUCCGCAAACGAUUCGACAAGCGGAAACACAUCGUCGGAAAUUGAUGCGUUUCAGCAACACGAUGAUAGCAUUCUACAUCUGCGCCGAGAUUUCUCUUUGGACACAUCUUUAACUGCUCUUCGGAGGCCAAUAUAAACUUCCAUGCUUCAAUUCGUUUUAUUUGGUUCCAAUGGACGAGGAGAACUUGAUUAACUACUACCUCGUGUUUGCCUACGAAAUGUUUGGAAUGACUGGACACACUAUGUUGAACGUUACAGCAGAUUCACAACUUGCAUAUUUACUCUAUGUAGCUGGACUUCAGCUGUACAAUCUUUGUGAAAAAUUGAACGGUCUUGGUGUUUCGGAUUCUGCCUCAGAGAAUGAGAAAGAAGUAUAUCACCGUGAGUUUAUCAACGCCAUCGAAAAGUAUAACAGAAUUUACAGCUUCACACAGAAAGUAGAGGAAAUUUUCUCACUGGCAAUAUUUGUACAAAUUUGCGCUAGUGGUAUAACAAUUUGUGCGGUCAUGUUUCGUUUGUCUGAGAUGGACAUUACCAAUGACCCGAAGUCUGCGAUUCCAAUGUUGUUCUAUCUUCUAGCCAUAUUGGUGCAAAUUUUUCUACCUUGCCUGGUCGAUAACGAGGUCACCUACAAGAGCAGCCAAUUGACGAAUGCUCUGUUCAAAUCCGAUUGGCUCAGGUUGCCCGCUGCGUACAAAAAAGACAUGCAACGGUUGAUGCUACGAACCAACAAACCAAUAACACUAAAAGCAGGACGUUUUUUCAAUUAUAACCUUGAAACGUUCACAUCGACGUUGAAUACCGCCUAUAGUAUUUACGCUGUGUUAAAACGUAGAGAAAAGCAGAACUAG